UAUUUCGUUUCUUCAUAUUCUUCUAUUCCAGUAUUUUCUUCUCUCUUUAUGUUAUCUCUUUGGGUUCUUUCUUCAAACACAUUGUAGACAAAACCCACAAGAAGCAAAACCAAACCCUAAUUCCGUUUCCAUGGCUACUUCAGCUACCCCAACUGCUUCAUCAAGCCUCCUCUUCUCAAUAAACUCUUCAAUCCAUUCUUCAUCUUCUUCUCCUUCAUCAUCCGGUGUUUCAUUUUCAUCAAUCCGUAAAUCAACUCCACUUCUUUCUUCAUCUUUCACUACUCCUUCUUCAAGCAUUUUCUACUGGACUUCAAAUUCAGUUUCCACCACCACUACAACAACAAGAAGAAGUAACCGCUCACUCACAGUUAAAGCAGCGAGAGGCAAAUUUGAGAGAAAAAAACCUCAUGUUAAUAUUGGUACGAUUGGUCAUGUCGACCAUGGAAAAACCACACUUACUGCUGCUUUAACUAUGGCUUUAGCUUCUAUUGGUGGUAGUCAAUCUAAGAAAUACGAUGAAAUUGAUGCUGCUCCUGAGGAAAGAGCUAGAGGUAUUACUAUUAACACUGCUACUGUUGAAUAUGAAACUGAAAAUCGUCAUUAUGCUCACGUCGAUUGUCCCGGUCACGCUGAUUAUGUUAAGAAUAUGAUUACUGGUGCUGCUCAAAUGGAUGGUGCGAUAUUGGUCGUGUCUGGUGCUGAUGGUCCAAUGCCACAAACUAAGGAGCAUAUUUUACUAGCCAAACAAGUAGGUGUUCCUAAUAUGGUUGUUUUUCUUAAUAAGCAAGACCAAGUUGAUGAUGAGGAAUUACUUGAGUUGGUUGAUUUAGAGGUUCGUGACCUUUUAACUUCUUAUGAAUUUCCUGGUGAUGAUACUCCUAUCAUAUCUGGUUCUGCUUUAUUAGCAUUAGAAGCUUUAAUGGCUAAUCCUGCUAUUAAGAGAGGAGAAAAUAAAUGGGUUGAUAAAAUUUAUGAACUUAUGGAUAAUGUUGAUAGUUAUAUUCCAAUUCCUCAACGUCAAACCGAGUUACCAUUUCUUCUCGCAGUAGAAGAUGUUUUCUCAAUUACAGGUCGUGGUACUGUUGCUACUGGCCGUGUCGAAAGAGGUACUGUAAGAAUUGGUGAAACUGUUGAACUUGUUGGUCUUAGAGAGACUAGAAAUACUACUGUCACUGGUGUUGAGAUGUUCCAGAAACUUCUUGAUGAAGCACUAGCUGGUGACAAUGUUGGAAUUCUGCUUCGUGGUAUGCAAAAAGCUGAUAUUCAGAGGGGAAUGGUUCUUGCAAAACCUGGUUCUAUUACUCCACACACAAAAUUCACUGCCAUUGUUUAUGUUCUUAAGAAAGAAGAAGGUGGUAGGCAUUCACCCUUUUUCGCUGGUUACAGACCACAAUUUUACAUGAGAACUACUGAUGUUACAGGAAGAGUUGCCACAAUUAUGAAUGAUAAAGAUGAGGAGUCGAAAAUGGUUAUGCCUGGUGAUCGUGUUAAGAUGAUUGUUGAGCUUAUAGUGCCUGUUGCUUGUGAGUCAGGUAUGAGGUUUGCUAUUAGAGAAGGUGGGAAAACUGUUGGAGCGGGUGUGAUUCAGGAAAUUCUUGAGUAAUUGAUAAUAAUUUUGAACUUCAUUGAUUCACCUCGAAGUCUCAAUCUUUUUGAAUCAAACUGCGGUCUCAAUUAAAAAUGUACACUGUGAGUGUCAUCACUGUUUGCUGUUCUGAUAUCUUUUUUGUUGUCAUAUAUUUUGCAGUUUUCUUCUCCCGUGUUUUAUUGAAUUUGAACUUAGUUUAGUUAGAGCGAUGAACUGGCAAUGCUUCUAUGUAAUUCAUCAAAUUCUGUCUGUUGUUUCUGUUCAUUUCGAAGUUUGCUGCGAAGUGCCUAUUUAUAUUGCGCUUGAAUAACUAAUGAAUGAGAUGAUUUUCAUAAUGUUCCUCCUUA